AUGCGGCUGUUCUCGUUCUUUGUGCUGCCCGCGCUUUGUCAAGGGAUAGGUGCGAAACUCCAGGAACAUUAUGAAGAUGUUCCCGAUGAUUUUCACAAUUCGAAUGUUAACCACACCAUUAGCAAGAAUGACGCCGAGACACAUGCGGAUGCAUACGAAAUUCUUCAGCACUUCCGUCAUUGCCGUGGGAAAGAGUGGAUGUGCGACAAGGAUUGCCGUCUCGAAUUUUGGAGAGAAACCAAACAAUGUCGUCGCCCUAAUCCGGGUGAUAAUUGUUUUGGAGCACCUGUCGAUUACAAGUAUACGCGUGAUUUUGUCUCCGAUGGUGUAAUUCCACACGAGUUCGGAGUUCUUCGUCGCUAUCCGAGAUGUUGGUCAUACCUUGCUCCAGUGAUCUGUGCAGUUAUAUUUCGACCCUGUUCGCUGCAUUCUUACAUCGAAAAGGACAAUAAUGGAAGUGUUAAAAACGGAACCGUCGAGCUAUGGCAACUUUUAGGCUCGUCUUCAUGCAGGAUAGCCCAUGAUAUGUGUGAUGACGUUAUUUCGGUUGGAUUAUUUCCUUCUUUUGUUUCGGUAGCAUGCCGAGAGCUGAAGAACAUCAGUACUAUCGAGAAUAGUCGUUCUGUUUUUUCAAAUAAUUGUCAGCAUGCAUCUGUGCACUUUCCGGUGCAGGUAGAACCUGGUUCUUGCCCUUGGCCCUUAAUUUCAGAACCGGAAUCCAUGGACUUGGAUGUGUCACCAGUCCUCGAUAACUGUUUUCUGCCUUGCAGAUCACCCCUUGUUCCGACCAUUCUUUCAAGUCGGUUUCGAUCUCUACGCUUUGUGCUUUGCAUAGCGCUGAGUAUUCUCUUCAUAACAGAAUCAGUUUAUUUGUCGCAUUUCUCCAAAAUAUUCGAAGAAAGUUUAUUGGUAUUCCACAUAUAUAAUGCAGUGAUCUGUAUAGCAUUAUAUUGUUUCAUAUGGAGUCUUUCACUGUUCGACCACUUCUUUGCUUUGUCGGACUGCUCCAUAAGCGGCGUUUCUCGACGGGAUGCUCGUUCUCACAGCAUUUUUGAAUGGUGCUCACUUCAGUCAAUUUUGCUAUACGCUAGCUUUCUAGCAGCGUAUUCAUGGUUGUUCCUGCUUUACGUCAACACAAUUUUCCCCCCUUAUUUCAUUGCUCUGUAUUAUUCACCGAGGGUUCUUAAAAUUCGGAUCCGGCCUCUUCUUAUGCUCUGUGUUUACGGAGUUUCUGCGACUUUUUCGUCUUUGAUAACGAACACUUUGCGUGAAAAUGAUGGUGUGUCCGGUGUAUGUUAUAAUGGACUACUUACUUGGUGGAAGUAUUUGAUCUCAGUUUUUCCUUUGUUGGUUUUGUUCUUCAUUAUCGUUAGCCUUGGAGUUGUGUUUAUUGGGAAGAGAGAAGGAGCACCAACUUGCACGACUCGACGGAAUAAUGCCGCCGAGGAUGAUACACCUGUUGGAUGUGUGGACCUUGGACAGUCUAGUUUAAAAUGUAAGAGAGAGGAUAGUGUUCCGUGCUUGCCUGGUUCAUUGCAACAGAGAUACGAAUUAAAAUAUGAAACCAGCUGCUUCGUAUCCAAGCGUCUCGAUCGCGUACGAGAUGUGGGAGUCUCAUCGAUAUGGACGGGAAUGUCUUUCGUGUUUUUUACAAUCUUCUUGUUUGGAUCUCCUAUCGUUCAUUUCUGUUAUGUCGGUGUAUCUGCAGAGCAUGAAAUAAGGAGCAUAAUAAACUAUGUCAAUUGUGGGACUGCUCACGUAAUUCAGAACCGCUCCCUGGACUGGAACACCUUCAGUGACUCCUCUUUACUAGCGCUUCGUGAAGCAUCAUGGUGCUCUCUACCUUUCGAGCAAGCGCAAGGAAGGUUGGAGGGUGUCAUGGUGGUGUUUAUCAUUUUGCCUCUCUUACCUUUUGUGGUUUUGUUGUUCGCAUUUCUGGCUGAUGUUAAUGGAUACAGAGGAAUGAGCAAGAUUCGGAAUCGUGCCGUUGAUUCAAAUAUGUCCACCAAGUGCAUUGGUGAUCAGAAUGAAUCCUGUGAAUUAGCUCUCGUAAGGAGCUCUUUAGAAAUGGAACAGAACGAAUUCACAAAUAAACCCAAAGUGGAAUUGGACGUGGAAAAAACAGCAUUUCGGAGGGCUGCUGAGGAAGUCGUAGAUACUGACCAGUCUAAAGGGGAUGAGGGAACGGUUGUGAUUGCUAAUGAAGAUCACGAGUACCAGGAAGAAUUUCAUAAGGAAUUCCUAGACAUCAUCCAUCAAUUGCAAGGGGAACUUGCCUUCCAACAAUUAAUGCUUGUCAACAAUGGUGCCGCGUUUAACAUCUGCCUCCAUUGCAUGGAACGUUCUAACCAGUUGUUAUCCAGUCUGAAAAAAUCUGUAGAUCCGGGCUCAGUUCCCACGCAAGAUUUAUGUGCACUGGGAGAAGAGGUCUCUCAUGUGUUACCAUCAGUUACGGAUCAUGCCAUGCAGCUUUCGCGGUGGAUGAACUCGAUUCAAGAAGCGUGUCUCAAAAUUGAAUGCAUUCGAGGAGUUUCGGGUUCCCAGUGUCAUUCAUUCUUCGGAGCAAAAGAUAUCGAACGUCAACGGCAAUUAUUAGCGCUCAAUGACUAUCUAUCGCAAACCGUUCGGUCUUCAGUCAGAGAGCAGGCAGAUUUUCCUGAGAAUUUUGAGAAUCAACAAAAAAGCUUCAUGCAAAAAGUACGCGCUCGUUUACCAAGCCAGGAUACUUCAAAGCAGGAACAUAAGAAAGUCCAAGAACUGUUUGGAAAUACCAUGAAACACCAAAAUCAUGUGAAGAAUCUGCAGUGUGACGAGCAGCCUGGAUCCAGUCGUAAGGAGGAUAACGUGGCUGAAACACCAACAGUAUCAAAUGUACAACGGGACCAUUCACAAAGUGAAAACAACACAGUCGGCCAACAAUCACAUGAACCUCGUCGGCUUCUCCGAAUCAGUGCAUACGCGGAGUCGUAUUGUGCAACUCCACGAGGAAUCGUAAGUAGGUUAACCGUUCCUGAACUGCGCAUUCGAAUCCGACAGAUCAAGAACAUUUGCGCUGGUGAUUCACUUUAUCCUCAGGAGCUUUCUUAUAUGCUGCUGGUCACUGGAGAUAUAGCUUUUGGAGGUAACAUUCCUCGCGAAGAGUACUUUUUUUAUCCAAUAGAGCAGCUGCCACAUAUCUUUGGAACAAAUGUCCCAAGUAUUGAUGCGAGGAUUGGUGUCCAAGAAUUUUUAUCUCAUAUGCGACGACGGGCUCUUUGUGUUGUUGCUGCAAUCGGAUAUCACUUCUCACUACGCUCCAGGAGAGAAUCGGAGUACACUCCUCCUGUCUUACCACCAUUGGGACUGUAUCGAUCGGAGAACGAGCUGAUACUUCGUCGGGUACUUGGUGACAGAGACGAAGUUUUACCUUGUUUACGUGAAUUCCUACAAGAAUUUCAGUUCGGGAGAGGACCAGUCGUACCACGUCCUGAUCUCAAAUUCGCCUCUGCAUUUGGGAACUAUCUGAGGCUGGUAGCUGCGAGAGAAGGCUUUAAUAAUGAUCAUGAAGACUAUGUACCCGACCCACUACCUCCGCCGGGAUCCCCAAACGAUUUUGAGGAAACAAAUAAUUCUGCAAGAUCUGACGAAAGUGAUAUGGAUCCUAUGGAUUUGCCUUAG